AUGCCACCAACUCGCGUUCAAAAACCAAAUGCUGAUGUUUGUAUUUCUCAUUUUAGAGCUUUCACAAACUUUGAUAAAAUGAUAGAUAAUAAAACCGAUAUGGAAGAAGAACCUGAAGUUGAAUUAUAUGAGCCUUUGCUUUGCACUAGUUUAUUUGGUGGCUUAUUUACAGAAUAUGCUACCAAUUCUCCUGCUUAUUUUUGUGGUAGGAAAAGAUCUGAGAUGAUCAGAAAAAUGCUUUUUCCUGAUAAAUUUUCGCAAGAUACUUUUUUCUCUCAUAAGAAACUUAAUAAAAAUCAAGCUCAACAGUUUAAUACGGCAUUACAAGCAACAGCUAUCUGA